AUGACACACCGCAUGGCACACCGGAGCUUGUUUUCUGCCGCGUAUGGCGAUGGCACAGUGCCGAAAAGCACCAACAAGGGCAGCACCAGCAAGGGCAGCCCCAGCGAGGCCUCUACCACGCAGGUAGCAACGGAGGUGGCGGUGGGAGGGCUGCGGCUGACCUUCAGCAAGCAGCGCUGCGUGAGCGUGCCCAAGAAGGCGGCGAGGCAGGGGAACGUGAAGGUUUGGUGGCAGGGCCGUGCCGGCUCGAGCAACGGGGGCUCGGGCUACGGGGGGUACGGUGGGUAUUCGAGCUACGGUGGUCCGGGCAGCAAGGCGCGGGGUGUUGCGGGUGUUACGUGCGCGCAGAUCAAGUUCUUUGGGGAGGGUGGCUGCCAGGGCGAGGAGGUGGAUAGCAUGGUCAACCCGCGCACUGCUACUGCAGCCAAGUCCCCACGCUCAAAGAAGAGGCUCUCAGCGCGGGCAGCAGUGGCCUCUGUUCUCUGCAUUGUUCCGGAGCAGCCCAAGGAGGAGCCGCAGACACAGCCGAAGGAAGAUACGCCGCAGCAGACACAGCCUAAGGAGGAGCCACAAGAGCAACAGCCGAAGGAGGAACAUUUCCCCCUCGCUGAUACUAUCAACGCCACAGGGUGCAUAUUCCUCGGCGUUUUCCUAAACGCCACAACAAACGACCGCAACAUUCGUUAUUGCACCGGCAUAACUCUAGCUGACAAUGCCACGCCUGGAGGCCUCGUGGUCGUCCGGAUUGGUGAAGAAAGUCAAGCCAUCUUCAUCCACUUAGUCAACCGCACUCUCUUGGAGCCUGGGCGCGCCAGCUACGAAGACUCUGACACUCUGGGCUUUAACUGGGUGCUGGAAAUGCUUCUGGCUAAUCCUGCCUCUUACUUUGCUCGUCUUUACGUCAGGCUCAACUCUCCUGUGAAGGAGCUAACAUAUCCUGUGACGAGUGGCACUUUCGGCAAUGUCACCCUUGGAGGUCCCAAGAAUAAUGACUACGAUAAGUCUUCCGUUACGCCAAACUUUACGUGUGAUGGCGUGGCUGAUCUUAGUUGCAAGCCUGUUAGAAGCCCGGUGGUUGUCAGCUGCAUGGGGGAAGCGGCGGACGUAGAGGCGGGACGCACGGCGGGUGAAGCGCGCGAGAGCACGGAAUGCUUCACCGUGGUUGACCUUGAGAACGGUGCUUGUAACGGCGGCGGAUCUGAUGGAAACCAUUCCAACGUCGGUACUGACGGCGAACGUGUGGUUGUGGAGGAUUCCUUCAAGGAUUUCGCCGCUGCUGGAAAGAGCGCGUUUGCGAAACACGGGCUCGAUCACUCCGCGUACGACCUAACUGUCGUAGACUUGACUUACAAGGUGUGGCUAUCGUCCCUUUCUCCUGUCACCAUACUCGAGUUCUUGCUUCCCCCUGUCUUCGCCUUCCGAGUUGUCAAGAAGACGGGUAACAACGGCAGCACGAAGCAGAUGAUUCUCCUAAACAAGGUCAACGCCAAGGCACGCCAUGGCCAGAUGAUGGCGGUAGUCGGCCCGUCAGGCGCAGGAAAGUCUACGUUUCUCGACGCGAUUGCUGGACGAAUCAGCCAAUCCUCGUUGGACGGCGAGAUCCUGGUUAACGGCAAGCCGGUUGAGUCGUCGUUCAAGCGAGUGUCGGGUUAUGUUAUGCAGGACGACCAGCUUUUCCCCAUGCUGUCGGUUCGCGAAACGCUCAUGUUUUCCGCGCGCCUGCGACUUCCUGCGACGAUGUCGCUCGCGGAUAAAAAGGAGCGCGUGUCGGAUCUGAUCGACGAAUUGGGGCUGACGACUUGCGCGAACACGAUUAUUGGGAAUGCCGAAGUUCGCGGAGUUUCGGGAGGCGAGCGGCGACGAGUUUCCAUUGGUGUGGACUUGAUUCACGACCCUGCUGUACUCUUUUUGGACGAACCCACUUCUGGUUUGGAUUCUACAGCUGCACUGAAUGUUAUGCAAAGCUUGCACGACAUUGCAACACACCGGCGCCGCACAAUUAUCCUCACGAUCCACCAGCCGUCCUUCCGAAUUCUGGACCUUAUUCACAACUUCCUGGUGCUGGCGAAAGGGUCUGCAGUGUACCAUGGGUCUUAUCCGGGAAUGCUGAAAUUCUUCGAGGACUUCGGCACAGUGGUGCCUGAACAUGUGAACGCCCUCGAGUAUGCACUUGACAUGAUUGAAGAGGAGCAGCAGAAGGAGAGGGGGCUGGACGAGCUGAUUCGAUUCAGUAAGGAGCGCUACGAGCACGAGCGGUCCCUCGCCACUCACAGCGCCCUCGGUCCGCACCACCACGCCUCCCCGCCUCCGCGCACUUUCGCCACGCCCUUCCUCCACGAAACCCUAACGCUCGCCGAUCGCAACUUCAAAAACAUCUUCCGAACGCCGGAGCUCUUCUUAUCGCGUAUCGGGCUCAUGGUGAUAACGGGACUUAUUCUCGGGUCGCUGUUUCUCAAAUCGGGGUACGACGCGGAAGGCAUCACGAACCGCGCGUCGUUCUUCGCGUUCGCGCUCGCGCUCCUCCUGUUUACCUCCACUGAGGGCCUUCCGAUCUUUUUAGAUGAACGGCAGAUCUACAUCCGCGAGACGUCGCGCGGCGCGUACCGCACCGGAUCGUACGUGCUCGCGGGCGCGCUGGUCUUCCUGCCGUUCCUCUUCCUCCUCUCGCUGCUCUUCUCGUGCGUCGCAUAUUUCAUGGUCGGCCUCGCAGCGACGGCGACGGCGUUUUUCCGGUUCGUCGCGACGGUGUUUCUGACGCUCGCGGUUGGGAACUCGUUUGUCGUGUUCUUCGCGGCGUUCGUGCCCAACUACAUCACCGGGAAUACCGUGGUGACGGCGAUCACGGCCUUCUUCUUCCUCUUUAGUGGCUUCUUCAUUUCCAAGGCUAACAUUCCACCGUACUGGAUCUGGAUGAACUACCUCUCCACCUUCAAGUACCCCUUGGAAAUGCUCACAAUCAACGAGUACGGCUCUCUCCCGUCCGUCUGCUGGGAAUACCUCGUUAAGAGCGACUCCACCUCGCCCUGUAUAGUCACCUCCGAUACCGUUAUUGCGCGAUUCGAUAUGGCGGACAGCAAGUUCUGGGAGUCUGCAGUGGUGAUGGUGUCGUUCUUUAUCGGGUACAGAAUCCUGUUCUAUUUCGCGCUGAGGUACCAGACUGCGCUCGUCCGCAAGUGA